UUGAGAUGGAGCUGAGGUUUGGGUGUAAAAUAGAAGCACUGGUUGAGAAGAUGAAAGUGAUACUGCAGAUCUUUGCAGACGCCUAUUCCGUACAGAAUGCUACAUUCGUUGAUCUCGACUCACACCUGCGACCAAGGGGAUGCCGGUACCAGCUCAUAUCUUUGGAAGGUGGGACUGCUGUGCCAGGACCUAUGGUGGUGUAUGGAACAGACAAGCUUAUCCGUUGUGGUGGAACGCCGGAACAGAAGUUACGUCUGACUGAGACAACAGCAUUGGAAGAGGCGCUCAUCCUUUGUUUGGGCGUCUACUACAUGAAAAGUUUAACCUACCCGUCUGCAUUCGCUCAGCUACUUGGCCUUCUGCAGAUCAAGGUGCUUAGGGACCGGAACUUUCACAAAGGUUGGAUAAAGCCACAAAUGGCAGCCUUGUUAGACAUAAUUCCAUGAUAAGUGCCUGUGGUAAUCUCAGUGCAAAUGCGCAUUCAUGUUUGGCCAUGAUG